GACUUGUGUUUGUUUUUCACUUUGACUUGUGUUUACCUAAAGUUUUUUUGUGCAAAGUUGCAGUUGCAAACUGCAAUGCACAGAUUAAGAGAUACUCUAAUUACUAUGUUGCAAUACAAGUUUACAUAUAUAAAAUUCGUGUUUGUGUAAUUUCAAGUAAAUGAUUCUAUUGGAAGUUAUUUCUAUACGUGCAAAUACAUUCGUACAAUUAAUACGAACCAUGACCCAUAAAGUGUUCGUAUACGGUACACUCAAGCGUAAUGAACCGAACCAUCAUUGGCUUACUAAUCCCGACCAUGGAAGCGGGAAGUUCUUAGCGGAAGGCACCACAAAGUCAAAGUAUCCUCUGAUAAUUGGGACAAAGUAUAACAUUCCGUUUCUGUUGCAUAGCCCUGGAGAUGGUCAUCAUGUAAGAGGUGAAGUGUAUGAAGUUGAUGACACUAUGCUUUCCAAGUUGGACAUAUUGGAGGAUCAUCCCAAUUACUAUGUUAGAGAAAUUGAUGACAUUGUGAUUAAAUUAGACUCGCAUGAAGAAAUUGUUAAAUGCUGGGUGUACUUCUUAAAGAACUUCAGACCUGAGCUACUGUCGAAACAGCAAUUUGAGAAUUACUCCUCGAGUGGCUCCCAUGGCCUCCGCUACUUGGAAAGGUCUAAAAGAGAUCCAAAUGAUAAUUACUAUCCUCAAGUUAAAAAAUAAAAGAUAGCCAUUAUUUUUGAUUUAACAAAAUUGCAACAAUGAAUCUUCAACUGAUGAUCUGGAUGACAUGCUUCGGAAAUAAUUUUAUUUAAUCUCACUAGAAGUUUAGUUUUAUUUGAAAGUUCAUAAAACAUUCUUGAAAUUCCUAUUUUAGUAUAUUGUUGUGCUUAUGGUGGUAAUGUGGAUAUUGUAAAUGAAAGUAUUGUUAUUUUUUAUAUUAUUUGGUAUUGGUAUUAUACUGAAUGUACAUAAUAUAAAAUUUCAUUAAACUUGGUCAAGCUGUUUCUGUGUGGCUAUUAAUAAUAGUCACACCGUCACAGUGCGUGUCACAGAAUCCAUACUAUAAAUAGUUUGGCUAAUGAAAGUAGAGACUGUGUACUGUAAUCGCACAGCAAAUUAAAAAAAAAACUACUUGAUCUUUAUUAAAAAAACUAGCGGACGCCCGCGACUUCGUACGCGUGGAAAUAAAUGUAAACUUUCAAGCCCUAUUUCACCACAUAGGGGAAGAGUUAUAAAAGUUUUUGAAAUACAUUA